ACCUUUGGUGGUUGCGACCGCAGGGUGGCAGGCAAAAAAAAAAUAGAGAGAGCGUAUGUUUUUGUUCUGUGCCAGAAAGGCGUUCUCCUGCUUCAGGAUGUUGCCUUUAAAGCUGAAGAAGUGAGCUUCCUGUGGAGGAAGCGAUCACAGAAUAGACAAGGCCUGGGCCAGACACCGUGUUCCCAGCGUUUCUUGGGCUCAGGUCACCCAUCUGCACAGUGCAGCGCCACCCUUCAGUGGACUCUAACUCGCCGUCGAGACACUUCUUCAUGCAUAUGCAGGUGUGGAAGUAUUGCAUUGCAGGUUUUUACGGAUGGAUCCAGGAGGCUUUGAAUGACGUUCUCCAGCUGCUGGGUGGAUUUGUGAACGUUAUGACAUGGAUGCGUCAAGCUCCCAUUUGCCUUGAGCGAGUAAAUGGUUAUUUCUAAGCCAGGUGUCCUAUGCCAGGCGCUCAACUAACAGAGACAUGUCCAAUGACACCUGCAACCUUCCUCUGGACACGGACAUCUUUGGGCUGACCUGCGUCUACGGCGUCAUCUUCUCCCUGGGCCUGCCCAGCAACCUGCUGUCUCUCUGGGGCUUGUACCACCUGGGUCGCUCGGGUGGGGGAGGCUGCCAGCUCGUCUACAUCCUCAACCUGCUGCUGUCGGACCUCCUCCAGCUGCUCACCCUGCCCCUGUGGAUCCUCUACCUCCAGGGUCCUCACCGCUGGCCCUACGGCCGGCUGACCUGCGAGCUGGUCGGCUACGUGUUCUACGGCAACGUCUACGCCAGCGUCAUGUUCCUCUGUCUGAUCGCCAUGGACCGCUGCCUGGCCAUCGUCUACCCGCUGAGCAGCCGCGGGGUGCGGACGGUGAAGGUUUCGGCGGUGCUGGGCGUGGCUGUGUGGGUCCUGACCUUCUUGUUCUGCCUGAGCGGGCUCCUGCCGUCCGUGUUUGACUCUGACCGGCUGCUGUGUCUGGAGAAGUAUCCGGUCAGCCCCAGAUACGCUCACUUCAAGAUCAUCACCGUGGCUCUGGGGUUUCUGCUGCCAUGUGGUAUUCUAGGGUACACCUCAGCACAUAUCUGGGUGACACUUCGGCGCUCCCCGUCGCUCUCCAACCACGAGCGCUACAAAAUCGUAGGAAUCCUGGUCGUGAUAACCUUCAACUUCAUCGUCGUGUUCGGACCCUACCACUUGGUGGGCGGAUACCGGUUCGUGUCCCUGCUGCGGACCGACGAGCCCUGUCCGUUUGAGCAGUCCAUCUUCUACGUCUACCGCCUCUGCUACGGCCUGACCAGCCUCAACACCUUACUGGAUCCCCUCUUUUACAUCUUCCUCUGCCCGGACGCUCGGCUAGAGCUGCAGAAGUCCCUGCCCUGUCUGAGGAGAGGACAGCACAGGCACAAAAACGUGACCAUGAACAUCAGAUACCACCUGGACAAACAGACGGAGAACGAAACCAGACAGUAACUUUGGAACAAUCUAGUGAGAGAUUCUUUGAGUCAGAGCCACGGCGCCAUCUAGUGGAAAAGCAUGCAAUUAAUUUGAAGAACUGCUAUUUCAGCUUCCUCUUGAAAACAUAAAUCAGCAUAAAUCCUCCAGAGUACAGAGGACUUGUGAGAGGAUGGCAAGUAUUGCUAAACGUUGUGCCUCCAGUACAAUUAUUUACGCUGCAGGACUGUUUUUAAUUAAACACAUUGGAGGGUUUUCUAUCCUGAACAAUCUUUUUUAGGACCAUACCACAACAUUUGAAGCUGAUUCAGGUUUAAGCGUUUUUUUGAAGGCUAAAGCGUUGGACUUGCUGGUUUGCUUCUAUUCGUUGUUCUGCUGCAUAACCUGAAUGCACUUGAGCUUAUGGUCAAGAACUGAUGGCCAGAUUUUCUUCAACAGACACUUGGCUGCAUGCACUAACAUAAAGGCGGUAUGGUAAAACGAGAAAUCGGUGGUUACAUUAUAACGGCCGGGUUGCAUUGAAACAAAGUGAUGUGUUCCUCCGUUUUUAUAACAUAGUUUAUAAAUGUCAAGCACGAAAGCAGUGCAUAUAUAUAUAUAUAAAAUGAUGCAGAUUUACAAGCAGGAUUCUGCGUCCUGUAUUACAAAGAGUUAUAAGGAAGUCAAG